AUGGGCUCAGAACGCUUCCCCGUCCACGACAAAGGCAUCUUCCGCAACCUGCCAACCUUUGACCCAUCCAUCACAGGCCUAACAGCCAUAAUUACCGGCGCAAAUGGCAUCUCGGGGUUUCACCUUCUCCGCGCACUGCUCGCAAGCCCUGAGCGAUGGUCCAAGAUCUAUGCCCUGUCGCGCCGUCCCCCGCCUGCCGAGAUGAUGGGCCUUUUAUCCGAGUCUCAAAGAUCUCGUGUGCAGCAUGUCGCUGUUGAUUUCCUCGAUGACCCUGCAAACAUUGCGCAGGCGCUGAAGUCGGCCGGUAUAGUCGCAGAUUAUAUCUUUUUCUAUUCGUAUCUGCAGCCGACGCCGGCGCCCGGUGCCGCGGUUUGGAGCAAUGCAGAAGAACUCGUCAAAGUGAAUGUAGCGCUGCUCGACAACUUUUUAAAAGCAAUCACGCUCGCCAGAAUCACUCCGAAGCGCUUCCUCCUGCAAACCGGCGCAAAAAACUAUGGCGUGCAAAUCGGUCGCCUGCGCACGCCUGCCAUUGAGUCGGAUCCUGUCCCGAACCAUCUGGAGCCGAAUUUCUACUAUCCGCAGGAAAAGAUCUUGUUUGAAUAUUGCAAAGCAAACAAUACGUCGUGGAACGUGAUCAGGCCGGCCUGGGUCCUGGGCGCGGUGUCCAACGCUCAAAUGAACGCUCUUCUUCCCGUUGCUAUUUACGCGGCCGUGCAAGCUCACAAGGGAGAACCGAUAGCUUUCCCGAGUGACUGGGAGACAUGGCAGUAUGAGGGACACCAUUCCACUGCUUUGUUGACAGGUUUUCUAUCUGAGUGGGCUGUCUUGGAGGACAAAGCAAAAAACCAGGCGUUUAACGCACAGGACACAGGGCCGAUGACCUGGGAUCGACUUUAUGAAGAGCUUGCCCGCUGGUUCGGCGUCGAAAAGGGGAUCGUUCCACCAGAGGAAGAUUUGUCCAAGUUUGACGAAUCAGUGGGCAAGGCCGGUGUUGACACUCCGAUGGGAUACGGCCCUCCGCUCAUCCAUCGCACGACAUUCAGACUUGUCGACUGGGCUUCACGUCCCGAGAACAAGGCAGCCUGGGUCGAUUUGCAGCGACAGUCCGGAGGGCAACUGACCAGCAACCCGUUUGACGACGUCGAAGCCAAUUUCUCCUUUGGUGACCAGGCGUUCCGAAAAGUGCCGACUAUGAACAUGAACAAGGCUCGCAGGCUGGGCUGGAAUGGGUUUGUGGAUACCAUGGAGUCACUGUUUGAUAUCUACUCGGAGAUGGGCGAUUUGGGAAUGUUGCCACGGUUAAAGGCAAAGGAGCCGAAGCCACUGAUUUAG